AUGCAUAAGAAUAUGGAAAAUGAUGAAGUUGUACUUACUGAUAGCACGAAAAAAAUUAAAGCUAUAAUCUUAAUUGGUGGUCCAUGUAAAGGGACUCGCUUUAGGCCACUUUCAUUGGAGUUGCCUAAACCACUUUUUCCAAUAGCUGGGUUUCCAGUUGUAUACCACCAUAUUGAAGCCUUUUCCAAGGCGACACGUCAACAAUCUAUGAAGUUCGGUUGUAUUGUUGAAGACCCCAACACCCAUGAAGUUAUGCAUUAUGUCGAGAAGCCAGCAACGUUCGUCAGCACAACAAUAAAUUGUGGUCUUUACCUAUUUACUCCUGGGAUAUUUAAAUUUAUUCGUAUAGCUUUUCUUGAACAUCAGAAUCAACUAAAAGAAUCAAAGUUGGUUUAA